AGAGUUUUGCAGCGAUUAGUGGAGCACUUCGACCUGGCACUCCGAGCGCAUCGGCUGUACUUCUGCACGAUGUCCGCGAAUAGAGUCAUCCCCGUUUGGAUGCGCUGUCUGUUGCCACUGCUGCUGGCCAACUGCAUUGCGGCGAAUCCCAGUUUCGAGGACCUUGACCGCAGUCCGGAUCUGGAGACGAAGGACAGCAGCGUGGUGGACACUAUGGGCAUGGGCAUGGGCAUGCUGGAUUCCACGCAACCGAAGCAGAUGAGUUACCAGAAGCCACCACUGGGCUACAAGGAUUACGAUUACUAUCUGGGGCCGCGACGAAUGGCGGAUCCCUAUGCGGCCGAUAACGACCUUAGCGCCUCCUCGGCCAUUAAGAUUCAUGGCGAGGGGAAUUUGGCUUCGCUGAACAGGCCGGUCAAUGGAAUCGCCGCCCACAAGCCACUGCCCUGGUACGGCGACUACUCCGGCAAACUGCUGGCCAGUGCUCCGCCAAUGUACCCAUCCAGGUCCUACGAUCCCUAUAUCCGCCGCUACGACAGAUAUGAUGAGCAAUACCAUAGGAAUUAUCCACAGUACUUUGAGGACAUGUAUAUGCACCGCCAGCGCUUCGAUCCGUAUGAUAGCUACAGUCCCCGGAUACCGCAGUACCCGGAACCCUACGUUAUGUAUCCCGACCGUUAUCCGGAUGCCCCACCAUUGAGGGACUAUCCGAAAUUGCGCCGCGGAUACAUCGGUGAAGCACCCAUGGCGCCGCCCAUCGAUUCCUAUAGCAGCAGCAAGUACGCCUCUUCGAAGCAGUCAGAUCUGAAUUUUCCGGUUCGUAACGAACGAAUCGUAUACUACGCCCACCUGCCGGAGAUUGUGCGCACACCAUACCAUGACAGUGGAUCGCCAGAGGAUCGGAACUCAGCUCCUUACAAGCAGAACAAGAAGAAAAUCAAAAACAUUCAGCGGCCCCUAGCGAGUAAUUCUACCACCUAUAAAAUGACGUUGUAGAAGGGCAUUUACAUUCUAGGCUUCUUUUUUUUUUGUAAUUCAUUAUUCGAUUGCAUUUGUAUCUGUCACCCAUGGAAAUGAGCACCCAGUUCAGUGUUACACCACAUUAAUUUAAAAUUAAGCUUAUUAGCAAUUUUGAUGAUUUCGCAUAUAUUUAAACAUAAAUUGUUUCACUCACUU